CUUAAUUUCUCAUUGUUUUCCUUCAUCAUGGCAGACAAAGAACUCGAGGAGAAGACGGCCUACUUCAAGGAUCAAGAUCUCCUAGAUAUCUCCGAUGAUGAAGAUUGGUUUCCUAAUGAAGGAUUCGUGAAUACAGAGCGCGCAUUCGCGGGGUCGGAAAUUCGUCCUCCACCCUCGCCCAGACUUGCACGUCAGCGAUGUAGUUUUCUGGGGCCACCACCGAGGGAAAGACAAGCAGAGUUUGAAACACAUACCUCAAAGCAGCGCGGGACUUUGCGACCAGAGGGACAGGGACUUGUUCGAUCUACUACCGCGCCUGAAGCUGCGAUUUCGACUACUUUCCCUCUGUCAAUAGCAAAGCCGAAGCCGUUUACAUCGGCGCCGGAGCAACUAGAUUCACGGAAAACGUUGAAGCACAGUCUCUCCCUCCCGGACUUAAUUGCCGGCAAUCAACUCCAAGAUCAGACCCCGUUCUAUAAGCAGGCUGGAGUUAUACCGCGGCCACUUGGCACCACAAAAAAGGCCAAGCCAGUGGAUAUCAAACUUGAGCCAGAGAGAAAGCAAUUGUUGAGAGGGAAGAUAAUAUAUUUUUUCCCAAAUGACGACAUCUCUCAAGCACGUCGAAUGCGACUCCACAAACUAAUUCAGCUUGGAGCAGCGUGGGUCAGAGAAUGGCGAGAAGAUAUAACCCACAUAAUGGUGGAAGACGGCAAUCACACUUACAGCCAGCUCCUGAGGCACCUUAACAAACCCGGUCUUCCGUGCAUUCAAUUCGGCACCUUACUCGACCCAACACCGGGACGCUUCCUCGUAAAAGGCGCUCCACCGCCUAAACCCACUACAGUUCCAGCCCCUACACCCUCCUCAACACCACAGCCCUCCCUUCGUGUGAAGCCGUCCAGGAAGAAAUCGGUCAACCAGGGCUCUCGGAAAAUAGACUUCAUCCCGGUCAAGGCUAGUUUUCCUCCACUGCCCUCUUCUUACCCUGUAACUCCAACCAACUCUUACGAAAAGUAUGUCAAAGACAGCUUCCCACUACCAUGCCUAGAUCCAAUCGAAAAGCCUACCAAUCUUCCAGAUUCCUAUAACGACGCUCUUUCGGAAGCUAUCCAGCAGACGAAAGCCGUAUCCCACUUGCCCCUUGACGAAGAGGAUCUAGAUGUCUCUCCAAGCAUUCUCACCAGCCCCGCAGAUCAAGACUCAUUCUACGAUGGUGGAACCGACGUCGAGACCACGAGGCCUUCCCCCAAGCGCCAGAAGAAAUCUUUCCCGAAAUCCAAGCUUGACACCCCCAAAGGCUUCAACCAGUCCUCAUUCCAAUGUAUGCAGCCAAGUCCCAAAGAUUCCUCCCAAGAUCCGAACCCGAACGCUCGCACAAUCCAAGUGCUUGAGGAAAUGUGCAAAUACUACGACCAAAUGGGCGAUCAAUGGCGGACAUUAGCCUACCGGCGUGGAGUUGGAACUUUGCGGAAACAGGAUCAUUGGAUAACCACAAAAGAACAGGCAGUCGUACUCCCCUUCAUCGGCACUCGUCUCGCGGAGAAGAUAGAGGAGAUCGCAUUGACAAAUCGACUGAAUAAACUAGAAAACACACGUGAUGACCCAACAGAUCAAACGCUGCGGUUGUUUAUGGGUAUAUAUGGUGUUGGACUUUCUCAAGCAAACAAGUGGAUCCAGGCUGGAUAUCAUACGCUCGACGAUCUUGUUGCAAAAGCCAAACUCACCGACAGCCAGAAGAUUGGCAUAGAACGCUGGGAAGACUUUGCAACCCGCAUUCCGCGGGCUGAGGUAGAAGCACAUGGUGCCUUCAUGCGCGGUGCUUUGGCAAGAAUCGAUCCAGGUUUCCAGGUCACGGUUAUGGGCUCCUAUCGGCGAGGGGCAAAAGACUCAGGAGAUAUUGAUAUGAUCAUUACCAAACCCGGAGCUAACAUCUCUGUUCUCCGGACAGUGGUCUUCGACACACUGAUUCCGCGACUCUUUGCAGCUGGCUUCUUAAAAUGCGCCCUCGCGACCAGUCAUCGCACAAAUGAUGGUACAAAGUGGUUGGGCGCCUCAUGCCUGCCCGGUUCGGAAAUCUGGAGACGUCUGGAUUUGCUGCUUGUUCCUGAGGAAGAGAUGGGCGCCGCGUUGAUCUACUUCACUGGCAAUGAUAUCUUCAACCGAAGUCUGCGUUUAUUGGCUAGUAAGAAGGGAAUGAGGCUGAACCAAAAAGGGUUAUAUAAGGACGUGAUCAAGGGCAAGAAUAGAGAGAAGUUGAACGAAGGCACUUUAGUGGAAAGUAAAAGUGAGAAGAAGAUCUUUGAGAUUCUUGGAGUGCCGUGGAGAGCGCCAACGGAGAGGAUAUGCUAA